CAACGUUAUGCGUUUGGGACCAGCAUGGAUCCAGACCAGCUUGCGCAUCCGCGCACAGGAUCCAUUCUGUUCGCUAUCGGUUUCUCUACUUGUUAUAGAGUUUGUAAGCGAACAGCAUGGAUCCUGAUCAGACUACGUGGUCUGGAUCCAUGCUGGUCGCAAACCCAUUAUGUUGAUUUUGUCAUGACGCGGCUCAUAUAUAGAUCAACAAGGAAAUGACAUAUUUACAUAUUAUAAAAUUCUACUUAAUGUUUAGGAUUUUUAUAAUCAUUAACUGAUUGACAGAUGGAAAUAGCGGUCAGUUGAAGAAAUGACUGAAAGUCAAUUUGAGGACAACCUGAAAUUUUCGCUUUUAAUUGAAGGUGUAGUCAAAAAGGCUCAGAUAGAGACAAAAAAUAAGUAUUCAGAAACACUUUGUGUUGUUAUAAGAUUCUAUAUCAACACCUGGCUCCAUGAGGUAGAACAAAUUAACCCACUUUAUAAAGUUUCAGAAUUAAUUCCAGUUGGAAGUUAUGCCGAGGGGACUAAAAUAAUACAAGCAGACGAAUUUGACUAUUUAGCUGUCAUUGAAGAAUUGUCAAAACCGGAUGUGAUAAAAAUUGAUGCCAGUGAAAGCGAUAUUAAUCAUAGUUUGGUAAAAGUCGCAGUAGCAAAUGAAAAAUUAAAGUUGAAAUGGAGCGGACUUUGUAAAGACGGUCAUCUGCAAUGUUUUCAGCCAAUAAACUUUCCCAAAGAAAAUGAAAACAGAUUUGGACAUGUUGUUAUCGAAACUUUAUGGAAAUUUGUCAAAAACUCGCAGCAAAUAGGACGGACAACAGGGUCACCAACUGACAUAGAUUGCAAAAUUCUUCUACGAACAUUGAAUGAAAUGUCUUUAUGUUUCACAGGUGCUCUUUUUAGAGCACCCAAUGUUAUUUUCAGCUUUGAAUAUGGUAACAGAAAUAUAUCGGUUGAUGUUUCACCAGCAAUAAGAUAUCAUAAAAUCCACGAUUGUUUCAGAGUUGAUGACUGUGCAGGUCCAAAGUUUGCUGAACUUGCUCUUUGUCGCAAAUCUCUGCUGCUUGUAGGAACUUUAAGUGAAUCGUAUUUUAAAGUGACUGUAACGGAAGCAGAGGUUGAAUAUAUAUUGACUGUCAUGAAACCUGAGCACAAGAUCAUCUAUGUGUUUCUCAAGUAUGUCAAUAAAUUAUUCACGGAAAAGUUACAAUAUCCAUCCUAUAUCACACUUACUUCAUACACUCUGAAAACAGUUUGUAUUCAUCAUGAUGUGAAGUGUGCAAAGAACGAGAGAUCCAUUAAAGAGUGUUUAAAAUCAGUAAUGAAUGAUCUAAAUGUUAGUUUAGAGCAAUAUUUUGUUGCAAGUAUAGUAAAUAAAAAUAUUAACCUUGUCAAGUCUACCGAAAGAGAUGACAAGAAUGACAGAGACUAUGCUUUUCGAGGUCUCACUAAAAUUUGUCAGUUGCCUACAGAAAUUGAAACCGUUGAAGACUUUGAAACAUUCAUGAAGCAGAUUGCUGAUGUUGAGCGACUGAAGAAAGUGAAAGCUGCAGAGGAAGCCAGAAAAAGUAUUAUGGAAAGUUCUGAAAUCUUUGCUACCGAGCUUCAAGAAAAAGUUUCAAAUAUUGUUGCUAUGGGAUUUGAUCCUGAUGAAGUGAAAGAAUUUGUAUUAGGUCAUUGGGAUAGUCCUGAAGAUUAUAUUAUAAGAAUCCUACAGACUGAGUGGCGCGUAAGGGAACGUGAAAGGAAAAAGCUUAACGCCGAAGAAGACUGUUCCGCAAAUCAAGGAAUGCUAGUGUCAGACUCACAUUCUGUCAACGAAAAACAUUUAAAUGGUGAUGUGCCUGAGGAGCUAUCAAGUCAACAAAGUAGCACCACUCAAAUUUUGUACCAACGGCAGAAAGAUGUUUAAACAUUUUCUAAACAGUCUCAGAGUACAAGCCAAAAUGUUUGUGAUACACUCAGCGAUGAUAUAAAGUUUUGUAUCUCCCUG